AUGUCAUGUUCAAAAAUUUUUUCAGGAGAUUUACCUGAAUUAACAUAUAAAAUUAUAAAAUAUUUCCAAAAUGAUUUUUCAACUUUACAUUCAUGUAUUUUAGUUAACAGAUUAUGGUGUCGUUUAGCGAUUCCAUUAUUAUGGGAAAAUCCAUUUUCAAUUCCUACAAAAAAUUAUAAAUUUAUUGAAACUUACUUGCAUAAUUUGAAUGAUGAUCUUAAAAAAAAGUUAAGCAUGUAUAACAUUGGUGAUAAUUUAUUUCAUUCAAAUACAUUUUUUAAUUAUCCUAGUUUUAUAAAAUAUUUGAAUAUAUUUAAAGUUAUUAUUUCUGUCGAAAAGUGGUUUGAAACUGCUGUCGGAACUUUAAAACCUGAAAAUAGAUAUUUACAAUUAAAUUCAAAUAUUUCUGCAUCCAAUUUUGAAAGAUUAAUUUAUAUGUCAUUAUUUGAAAUUUUCAUUAAAAAUGAAGUAAAUUUACAUACUCUUGAAAUUGAGAUCAUAAGUAAUAUUUAUAACAUGUAUUAUGAUAUUAUUCUUGAAUUAAUUUUACAAAAUACAGAUUUCAUUCAUAAUAUUAAAAAUUUGAACUUUUAUAACAAUUAUAAUGAACAAGUAGAAAUUAAAAAUCGUACAUUGCAAUUAAUUAACUCAUAUCAAUAUCUUAAAAAAAUUUUAUUAUCUUAUAAUAAUUUUCCUUUAUAUCAAUCAUUAUUAUUAUCAAAAGAUUAUAAUUGUUCAAAUACUUUAAAUACAAUCAUUUUCUAUUACAUCAAUUUUGAAGGCAUAAAUAAUUUAGAUAAAAUAUUUGAUCAAUUAAAUGUUUUAGAAUCUAUUCAUAUUGUUUAUUGUUCUUUUUUAAAUAAUAAUUUUAUUCAACAAAUUAUUAAUUUAACUAAACCAUUCAAAUUAAAAUCUUUAUUUAUAAGCGAGAUAUCACAAAUUGAAUCAUUAAAAUUAUUAUUUCAAAAAUCUGGUGGUCAUUUAGAAAAUUUUGGAUAUAAAUUUGAUUAUAAUUAUGACCUAUCAUUAAAACGACAAUUGUCAGAAUUACUUAUAGUAUAUUGUAAUAAUAUCAAAUUUCUUGAUUUUAAUGAAUUUGAAGGGCAAAUUACUUCAUUCAAUUUAAUUGAAAUGAUUAAACAUAAUCUCAAUUAUCUUUCUAUUAGCAUCAUUGGAUAUAAUGAUACUGAACAUAUUAGUUCAAUUGUAUUACAAAAUUUAGGACAAACUCUUCCUUCUGUAUUAGAAUAUUUAAAUUUGGUUCUUAAAAUUAAAGCAGAUGAUUUUGAAGUAUUUCUAAAAAAUUCUCAGGAUACAUUUAUUAAGAAAUUGUUGAUAAUGAAUAUCAUACAAGGUCAAAAUAGCAUUUUACCUCUUAUAAAAGAACAUAUUAUGGAAAAGAAAAGGGUUAAAUAUUUGGCUUUUAUUGAUUGUGAUUUUGGUUGUGAUAAGGAUUUAUUCUCAUUAAAAGAUGAAGUGAAAGAAUUUAGUUUGCAUAAUAUUAAUGUGAAAAGUUACUACAAUGAACUUAUUGACGUGUAUUAUUUUACAAAGGAAUCUGAUUAG